AAGAAUAAUUGAUUUUGCCCAAUUACAAUCAAUCUCUUCCUAGUACGUGAUACUUGAAAAUAUUUUUAAUCUACGUAUCUGAUAAUAUAUUUAAAGAUUUGAUAAGAAGAUUACUCUUUAUUUUGACCACAUACAAAUCACAAAUAUGGUAAAUCUCAGCGAUGUUAAGGGUAACACCCGCGACAAUCGAACAUCUGCACAUACGCAUAUCAAAGGUCUCGGACUUCGAAAUGAUGGGACUGCUGAGAGACAAGCUGGGGGUUUUGUUGGACAAGCAUCAGCUCGAGAGGUGAGUUGGUGUGCAUAGUGGAUGGCAAGGCUUUUACUGAUACAUUAUAAUUACAGGCUUGUGGUGUGGUCGUCGACUUAAUUCGUUCACAAAAAAUGGCCGGCCGAGCUAUUUUACUCGCAGGAGGACCUGGAACUGGAAAGACAGCUCUUGCCCUAGCUAUCAGUCAAGAACUCGGAACAAAAGUGCCAUUCUGCCCCAUCGUCGCAAGCGAAAUAUACUCGACGGAAGUAAAAAAAACAGAAGCGCUGAUGGAAAAUUUUCGACGAGCCAUUGGUCUGAAGGUCCGCGAGACGAAGGAGGUUUAUGAGGGAGAGGUUACAGAGUUGACACCUGAAGAAGCUGAAAACCCGCUGGGAAGCUAUGGCAAGACCAUCAGCACAUUAUUGAUCGGGUUGAAGAGCGCAAAGGGUCAAAAGAAGUUACGAUUAGAUCCAAGCAUUUACGAAGCUAUACAAAAGGAAAGAGUCACAGUCGGAGAUGUCAUCUAUAUCGAGGCAAAUACUGGAGCUUGUAAACGCGUUGGCAGAUCGGAUGCAUAUGCAACCGAGUUCGACUUGGAGGCGGAAGAAUAUGUGCCAAUACCAAAAGGAGAGGUUCACAAGAAAAAGGAGAUAGUGCAAGACGUUACUUUACAUGACCUGGAUAUCGCAAACGCCAGACCUCAAGGAGGACAAGACAUAAUGAGUAUGAUGGGCCAAUUGAUGAAACCAAAGAUGACUGAGAUCACUGAGAAAUUACGAGCUGAGAUUAAUAAAGUGGUCAACAAAUACAUUGACCAAGGAGUGGCAGAGCUUGUUCCAGGAGUGCUUUUUAUUGAUGAGGUAUGUAUCAAGCCUUCAAUACGCCUUCCGUUUCUGGAUCACUAACAAAUUGCAGGUUCACAUGCUCGAUAUUGAAUGCUUCACAUAUCUGAAUCGUGCUCUCGAAUCAACGAUUUCUCCCAUCGUGAUUCUCGCUUCCAAUCGUGGCAUGUGCACCAUCCGUGGCACCGAGGAUUUGAUUUCGGCACAUGGAAUUCCUUCUGAUCUUUUGGCUCGCCUUUUGAUUGUUCCCACAAAUGCUUACGAGGCGGAUGAAAUUAAAAGAAUUCUUCGAAUUCGAGUUACAGUUGAAGGUCUAGCCAUAACUGAAGCUGCAUUGGACAAACUCACAGAACAUGGUUCAAGAAUUAGUUUGAGGUAUGCACUGCAGCUGUUAACACCAUCUAGUAUAUUAGCGCGAGUAAGCGGGCGCAGUCAGAUUGAUGUGAUAGAUGUCGGAGAGUGCGAAGAAUUAUUUAUUGAUGCACGGAGGAGUGCCGCUAUUAUGAACGGUGAAGCUGGUAAUGGGUUCAUUUCAUAGACAGCAUCCGCUGCGGCUGAUGCAGUUCAUUGGCAUGGUUACACCCAUUGGGACAGGGGUUUAUCAAAAAGCUACUCGCUUCGUUUGGCGUCUAAAGGGGGUUUUCUGUUUGCAGUUAUUCAUGGAUUCCGUAGCUAAACACUAAUUGGGAAUAAAAUUCCUCCCAAAUUGGAAGUAAACAUUCCAGUUACACGAUUUUAUUUAGUAAGCAAGGUUAUUUAUUUAACCAAUGUUACCAAAGCGUUUUCUUCCUUUUGAUUUUUGAUUUCUUGGGAAUUAAGGAAUUACUGGGAGUGAAUAUUGGCAACGGAGUUCACUCAAGACAAAGAAAAACGCAUGCGAAACUGCAGCUGUGCAGUCUUCCCGAGACAACAAAGACACCAACAUUUG